AUGAUUCACGGUGAAUCUGAUGCUGCCACUGUACUUGCCGGAAAGGUCAAACGGCAGUCAGAAGCGGAGUUAGUUCGUGUCACGCUGAAGAUGAAAGCAAGAUGUGCGCCAGCACGUACCGCAGGUAUGAGCCGAUUAGUUAUCUUGUUCUUAUUGACCGUAGCAGAAUGUCAGACCAAACGAAACACGACCGAUACGUUUCCAAGCAGUUUCUGUACGGAAUAUGCAGAAUGCAUGGGAAGAGCGAAUCAGAAGUCCGCCGAAUGCCUCUCGGAGAACACGACGGCCGUAGCUGCUAGCAAGAAGAAGGCUUGCGAAGGGGCGCUGGAACUUCACAUGCAGCUGCAAGCUCUUUAUGACGAGAAAAAUGAAUACGUGGAGAAUUGCGUCCGAGAAAACGCUGCAGAAGCAUUGACGCUGAGUACGAGAAAGACCGAAAGAUGUAAGACUGCAUUGAGGAAGGCAAAACGUUCUUCGCCUUUCGAUCCAGCGGAGAGGCGCCAAAAACGCAAGGAGAGGAAGGAAAGGAAGGAGAAACCGAAAAGUUGCUCGAAGGAAGCAAAGAGGAUGCGAUGGCAAUGCUCGAAAAUUGCCAAGUGUUGUAGUGUAGUGAAGAACUGCAAUGCAGAAGGAAAGCAAAGAGAUGAAAUUAAUGAGAAGAAAAACGAGUUAAAGAAACUUUACGCUGCCUGCCAUGGACCUGAACUUAAAAAGAAGCUCAACCAUAAACACGAGAAUGAGAAUGAUGAUGACACCAAUAAGCAGAAGAAAAACGACAAAGCAGAGAAGAAACAACAAAAGGAAGAGAAGAAACAACAGAAGGAAGAGAAAAAACAACAAAAGGAAGAGAAGAAGAGCAGCAAAUCGAACGAGAAACUGGACGAGUCGAAAGCUAAACGUGCUAUUCCUAUGAAGUCGAAAGCUCUUGCUGAGCUCUCAGAAACCGAAGUAUGA